CACAAACUCCUGGAAGUGGGAAGGAGAGAGCGAGGUGGGGGGAUAAAAAUCCUUAGGGCAAUCUUAGGCGGUACAGUGAGAAUUAAAAACCUCAGCGCGCCCGGCCGAAAGCGGCAGUGCCGGGGGUGUGGCCGUGCUGCCGCCGCCACUCCGGGAAACGGGUCCCUGCCGAGGAGUCUCCCCGACCGGCCGGAUCUAAGGGUGGCCCCGGGAGGGACAUCUCGGUCCCGUGCGGCGGUGGGAGCGGCGGGGGCUGCGCUGACGCCGGGGCUGCGGGUCGGAGCCGCGCUCUCGGCCGAGUAUAGAAAGAAGCCUCUGUGCCGGUCACAGUCACCAUCAGAAGCUGUGCAGACGUGCAUAUUCCUGUGUAGAGGCUGUCUCGGGAGAGCAGGCUCUGGCUGGAGAGAGAAUGUUCAGGAUGUCCAGCUGCCUCCUAAAGCUGACCAGGGUGGUGCUGAACCACAAAACCUGGACUCUGUUUAUCCUCAUCUUUGUGUUUGUAUCCUUCACCUACAUCAAGUUGUCUUUGGAUAUCUGGGAGGACCCAAACACCAGAGGCCCUUACAGCCUGUCUGCUGAAAUCAGCUGUGCUCACUAUGUGCCUUCGUCCCUCAACAUUGCUGCUGGGCCUUCUCCUUCCACAACAAAUGUGUUUUUUGUGGAGACCUCGGAGCAAACUACCCCAAGUUACCUCUUCUCCUGCUCUGUGGAGUCAGCAGCCAGGACACACCCCAUGUCAAGAGUCGUGGUGCUCAUGAAAGGCUUGCCUAAAGGGAACGUCUCCUUACCCAAGCACUGGGCUUUCUCCUUGCUGAGCUGCUUCCCCAAUGUGGAAAUCCGGCCCCUGGACUUGACAGAGCUCUUCUCUGGAACGCCUCUGAAAAGGUGGUACUUAUGGCCUCUGCGGCACUGGGAGCCUUAUUUUUUACCCGUCCUGUCUGAUGCCUGCAGGAUUGUUCUCAUGUGGAAAUUUGGUGGCAUCUACCUGGAUACAGACUUCAUUGUGCUUAAAAACUUACAGAACCUCACCAAUGCCCUUGGGAUCCAGGAUGACAAGGAACUGAAUGGGGCCUUUCUGUCCUUUAAGCCCAAGCACAAGUUCAUGGAGCUUUGCAUGCAGGACUUUGUGCAGAACUACAAUGGCUGGGUCUGGGGCCGCCAGGGCCCAGAGCUCCUAACUCGUGUCUUCAAGAAAUGGUGCUCCCUCAGGACUAUCACAAGCACGAGCUGCAAAGGUGUGAGUGCUCUUGCCCCAGAAGCUGUUUAUCCUAUUCCCUGGCAGAACUGGAAGAAGUUGUUUGAGGCAGUCAGUGCCUCGGAGCUUCACAAACUCCUUAGGAACACCUAUGCAGUGCACAUAUGGAACAAACUGAGCCACAAGACCAAGUUAGAGAUCCCCUCCCAGGCUCUGCUGGCCCAGCUCUAUUCCCAGUUCUGCCCUGCCACCUACACAAAGAUGAAGGAGGACUCUGAAGAGUUGUCAAGGCGGGCAGUGUGACCUGUGGGCCCUUCGCUACAGGGAUGUUCCCCAGACUGAAGGAAACCAAGUGCCUUUGACCUUCCCCACAGUUGGUUUCUAAAUCCUGGAGCAGGUGUUCUGUGUGACAGCUCUCUGGUUUUUUACCUGAUAUUCCUGAUACCUGCCUCAGAUCCUUUGGGUUUCAAAUGUGGAGCAGACUCUGAGGUCAGCCUCUCUUGCUGUCCUUCAGGAGACCUUUUGCUGCAGGGAAGGUUGAAUUCAUUCAUCAGCAUCUCUCAGCUGGUUCUCUCUUGGUGUUCUCCAGUGGCUCCUCUUGUCAAUCCCAGCCUGAGCUGCCCCUUGAGAUGUUUCAACACCUAUAGUGUUGAAGUGCCUACAGGCACCCUUGGCUUGCUCUCAGUGACAUUUCUGAGUUUGUAAAUCACUGCCAGUCAGUGCCAAAGGGCACAGCUUGCUGGAGCUCACAACAGAACUUCCUGGCUGGCAAAGGUCCUUUAUGCCUGGUGAAAUACAUGAAGAGUAUAUGAAAAUUACUUUAAGGAGAAGAAAACAUUUUAGAUGCCUGUGUGGCUCAGUGUGAAGUUCUUCUAAAAUUCUAAACUGGGAAAAGUUCAAAUGAUGCUUCCUACUGUUUCCAAUUCCACAGCAGUGGCAUGACUUUUCUGGGACUCUUCAGGAAAACAAAUAGACAAAACCAAUUCUUUUAGGAGCUGAAUUUAUAAAGAUCCUUGCUCUGCUGCAGUAAUUCUUGUAGGAUACCACCGUCUAACCAGCCAUUGGCACACUCUGAAGGGUCUCAGUAUUGCUUGUUUCUGCAGUGCUGUGAGGAGGAUUAUGUCCUUUUCAUUGGAAUAUUGAACGCCAAUGUUCAUCAGAGGAUGACAUGUCCAUAUCAACAGAUGAACCAGGUCCAGGACUCAGACCAGUGUCCCCAGGGACAAAAAUAGAAAUCAGAAGCACAUGAAGGCUGGAAAAGACCUCCAAGACCAUUGAGUCCAACCUUCAAUUCAAUAUCACCAUACCCACUAGCCUUUAUCCCGAAGUGCCAUGUGUACUCAUUUUUUGGAGAGUUUGCAGGAAUGGUGACUCCACCACUUCCCUGGGGAGCCGGUGGCACACAGUACUUAAGUACUCUGAAAUUUUUCCUCACAUCCCAGCUGCAUCUACCAUGGCACAGGGAGUGCUGUAUCCAGCUCUGGGAUCUCAGCACAGGAGGGACAGGGAGCUGCUGCAGCCGCAGCAGGGACACCAAGGGCAUCAGAGGGAUGGAGCAGCUCUGCUGGGAGAAAAGGCUGAGGGAACUGGGAUUGUGCAGCCUGGAGAGCAGAAGGCUUUGGGGUGACCUCAUUGUGGCCUUGCAGUGACUGAGGGGAGCUUAAAGAAAAGAUGCAGAUACGCUCUUUGCAGAGGCCCGGAGUGACAGGACAGGGGGCAAUGGCUUCACACUGACAGAGAAGAGGUUUAGACUGGAUAUGAGGAAGAAAUUGUUCCCUGUGAGGUUAGUGAGGCCCUGGAACAGGUUGCCCAGAGCAGCUGUGGCUGCCCCAUCCCUGGAAGUGUCCAAGAUGAGGUUGGAUGGGGCUUGGAGCAAGCUGGGAUAGUGGAAGGUGUCCCUGCCAUGGCAGGAGAGGUGGAACGUGAUGAUCUUUAAUGUCUCUUCCAACCCAAGCCAUUCUAUUGAUUUCCCCAUAUCCUCUCCCUUGUUCCCUGGGAGCAGAGCCUCACCCCUACCUGGCUGCACCCUCCUCCCCUCUCAGGGAGCUGUGCAGAGCCAUAAGGCUCCCCUGAGCCUCCUUUUCCUCGAGGUUAAACACCCCCAGCUCCCUCAGCAGCUCCUCAUCACACUUGUGCCCAGUUUGCCUUGCCCAGCUCCGUUCCCUUCCCUGGACACGCUCCAGCCCCUCCAUGCCCAUCUUGCGGUGCCAGGCCCAGAACUGGACACAGCACUUGGGCUGAGGCCUCACCAGUGCCACGACAGGGGGACAGUCCCUGCCCUGGUCCUGCUGACCCGGCCCAGGAGCCAUUGGCCUUCUUGCCCACCUGGACAUGCCCUGUGGUGGGCAUGCACUAUGAGCAGCAGCCCCAGGCCCUCUCCUGCUCGGCUCUUCCCAGCCUGGAGCUGCUGGGGGUUGUGACUCCAGGGGCAGGAUGUGGCACUUGGCCUUAUUGAACCUCAAAGAUAUGAAACAGGACUGGCCCCGACAGUGGGCCCUGGGGUACAGCACCAGUGACACGCUGGCAGCUGGAUUUAUUCCACCAGCAUUCGCUGGGUCUGGCCCUCCAGGCAGGUUUUUCCCAACAAAUGGGGAACCUGUUAAAUCUGUGGGCUGCAAGGAUAAUGCUCUCCAGGAGAACGCUGUGGGAGCAGUGAUCAAAGGCUUUACUGAAGGCCCAGGUACACAAUACCCACAGCCUUUCUCAUCCAUUAGGUGUUCAUAGAAGGAAGUUGGGUCAGCCAAGCAAUACCUGCUUAAACCUCUGCUCGCUGGGCCUGAUGCCCCAGUGGUGGGGCACAUCAUGUGAAUGCACUCCAGGUGAUCUGUUCCAUACCCUUCCUGGGCACCGAGCUCAGGCUGACAGGCCUGUGGUGCCCCCAGUUGUCCUUCCAAGCUUUCUCAGUUGGGUGUCACAUUGGCCAACCUCCAGUCACCCAGGAGCUCUCCAGUUAACCAGGACCACUGAUAAACGAUGGAAAGUGGAGCUUUGCUCUCUCCAUAGGAGGAAGGAUCUCCCUAGACUUGUGCAUGUCCAGGCAGCACAGCAGCUCACUAACAAUUUGCUCCUGCAAGUGUGGGGGCUUCAUUCUGUUUCUGUCUUCCAGCUCAGGGGGCUGGAUAUGCAGAUGGUAAUUGAACUUGUGGUUAAAGGCUGAAAUCAAGAAGGCAUUGAGUACCUCAGCCUUUUCCUCAUGCCUGGAGGUUGUGUUCCCACGCCAGCAUGCAAUAAAGGAUGGAGAAUCUC